AUGUCGGGCCGAUACCCACACAACGGCACCGAGCUGAGGAUGCCAAGACCUCGAGCCGGGUCCGAUGUUACACAGGCUUUACUUUGUUGGAUUUCGAUGGAUGCAACGCAAUCCGAGGACAACUUGUCGAGGCCGGUCAACACACAACACGGCGCUGGUACGGCUUAUACGGGCACUCACCCGGAUCCAGCUACACGGGCUUUCAGCAAUGCCGUGAUUGAUGACAACAGGCGCGAUAUCAGAGGCCAUACAAAUCCAGUCUUAGCUACACCUCAAUGCCAUCGUCCUCGCUACAACCAACAUCAUCGCGACCCCCGUCAUCGUCAACCUACCCAUCAUCAUCAUCAGCAUCAGCAUCAGAACAAUCAUCGUCAUCAUCACCAACCUACGCAAACCCAUCCUUACAAUCCAGCUCAGUCAUUAAAUCUCGACAGCCAGAGGCAGCUCUCUAGGGAAAUCCUCGCAAUGCAUUCUCGCAAUGCCCAAGCUCGGGCAUACCAUCCUUCGCGUCCUCAAGCAUCUCAACCGCCAUCCUUCGUUCGACCACCACCAGGCUUCAAUGCCCCUCCUCAAGUUCCUCAAGUUCCUCAGGUUCCUCAGGUUCCAUCGAGUAUUCCUAUGGCUCCACCACCAGCAUUCUCAAUGCCACAACCUCCACCAGGCAUCUCUAUACCACAGCCACCAACAGGCACCUCUAUGCCUCAAGUACCACCAAGCCACUCACUUCCACAACCACCAAACACUUCAAUACCAAACCCGUCAGUCGCCGCUCACCCACAGCCACAAGCACAACCGCAGCAAUCAAGUAGCUCUCAAAUCACACUAUCAAGCUCCCUGAUACGUCGACUCCAAAAAGACCAACGUCGCCUUGACGAUAUGCUCGAUACCAUGAACAUAGAAAUCGCCCAACUCAAAGCCGACAAAGAGCACCAAUGUAUUCUCUUUUCCAACGGUCUUCUCUACAUCUCUAACCCAACUGCUUGGAAUACCUGCGAUUGCAAGUUCUGCAUUGGCGUCCGGGUUCUUCGUCAAACUAAAAGCCUUGAUGCCGUCGGGCAGAGGUUGUGGAAUGAUCCAGAGUAUGCAUUUUGGAGAGAAUAUCCGCGCAUCCAUGGUUUUAAAGUAUGUGUUUGUCUUCGUUGUACUCAUGUCGAAGAGGAGGAUAAGUUGGAGCCCGAUUGGAAGUUUUGGUGUGGUUCGGCUGGGAGACCGAGUCACAACCCUGCCCUUUCUGCUCAAGCUAGAAUCGAGUUACAACAGCCUCCAAAGUUUAGACGUAAUUGUACUGCGCCUCAGCAACCUCAACCUCAGACUACGCCGGUGGGGCAACAUAGUUUUUAUGGAUUUGCACAGUCACUGUUUGAGAUGCCAGAAGCUGAUAUUCAGCACCAUUACAAUUCCUUGUGGAAUGCCGCAGUAGAUAAUAUUAUCAAGAACAACGGGACAGGUCAUCAUCCACCUCCUCCACCUCCUCCAUCCUUUAUGCCUCAAGAUUCUACUCCUGAUGUUGGCCCAAGCAACUCUGGACAAUAUGGAGCCAUUGGGCAACCAGUCGUUCCAAACACAAAUAACCCCCACUAUAGCACUUACCAUGGGGAUCACACCCGUCGUGGGCCCCAACGCUAA